UUUGGACUCUGAACUUGUAAAGCUGUGAUCUUUAUGCAGAAAUUAAGCAAAGGGGAUAUAUUCUAUCAUAGUAUCAUCUAAUGAUUUGGCUUGUCACUUACAUUUACAGGUGAUAUAUUCCUUAUAUGCGUUCCUAUUUCCUUGUUUUUAUCGUGAACUAGCAUAAACAAUUCGCCUAAUUGUUGUCCUAGUUGGUUUUUCAUUUUGUGUGCGUGUGCACGUUUGUGUGGGGAAGGUGUUUGCCGUUCACUGGUCAUGGGCAUAUCUGUACAUAGGAUGCUUUUCUCUUGGCAUGAUUUUAUAAUAUUCUCUUAGUUGGCAUCUUGGAGAUGAGUCCCACUCAUCUUUAUAUAGUAUAAGGUGCUGAGGUGUGAAUGUGUGAUUAUCAGCAUAGCCGAGAUCAAUUUCGAGGUAGUAAAGUGACCUACAUUGUUUUUAUCAGUUAAAUUUAUAACUGCUUAGAACAGUUGUCUUAUUUUACGUCUGUUACAGAAGUUAUGCUAUUUGAUGGAGCUGGCACUGGACAAGACUGAGGAAUUGAUGCAUUCAUCCUGUGAUGCUACAAAGAGGACCUUGCUAUUUUCUAAUUACUGAAAGGGCAAGGCCACUCGGGAUCAACACAUCAACAUCUCUGAACUGGUCUACUUGUCUCUGCAGAGGAUCAAAUGAUAAAUGGGGACUGCUAAGAAAAGUGCAAUCUUUGUUGCACUGCUGUGCACUCACAUUCUUGUGAACCAUGCAUGUGACAGUGAUGUGGUAUUUGGGUACAGUGGGAGUACUGGUCCAGAGCAUUGGGGGAGCUUAAGUCCUAAUUUCACAACGUGCUCAAAAGGGACGUACCAGUCCCCAAUCAACAUUUUGAAAGAUGACGCAGUUUACAACCCAAAGUUGGAGCCCCUUGAAAUGGAUUAUACUGCUGCAAACACUACCAUUGUUGACAAUGUCUUCAAUAUUGCGCUACGUUACAACGACACUGCUGGGACUGUGAAGGUGGAUGGGAAAAAGUAUAAACUGAGGCAAUUGCAUUGGCACUCUCCCUCAGAGCACACCAUCAAUGGCCAAAGGUUUGCAGUGGAGCUCCACAUGGUUCACCAUUCUGAUGAUGGCAACAUUACUGUCAUUGCAGUCCUUUAUCGACAUGGGAAACCUGAUCCAUUUCUUUUUCAGAUAAAGGAUAAGUUGGCUGCAUUAUACUUAGAGGGCUGUAAAGCGGAGAAAGGCGAACCUCUUCCUGUUGGACUCGUGGAUAUGAGGGAAUUGAAGAAAGGCGCGGAUAGGUAUUUCAGAUACGUUGGAUCCCUCACGACACCUCCAUGCACCGAAAAUGUUAUCUGGAACAUUUUUGGAGAGAUAAGAGAAAUGACCAAAGAGCAGGCUGCUGCUUUGAGGGCCCCUUUGCACGGGAGUUACAGGCACAACCGCAGGCCGACACAGCCACUCAAUGGUCGCACCGUGCAGCUCAAUUACAUGUAACCCCAUAACGGUAAUCCAAAAGAUGCUUUAUCCUGCGGCAGCUCAUCUAUCUGCAGAUAAUAAUGUGCUUUAGUAUGUACCCAAGUUCAGGAAUGUCAAUGUAAUCGGCGCCAUGGACUGCAAUAAAACCUUGUUCAUUGUCAUGGUUCACAUCA